AUGUGUGGCUUAGAGUGGUGGAUUUUCAGGGUUUGGUGUGGACUUGGUGGGGAGGAGGUCAUGGUGGUGGGUACUUCGAGUUUUAUCCUUGUAGGAAAGCUUCGUAUUCUGAAGGAUAAAAUUAAAAUAUGGAAUAAGGAGGUCGGGAAUCUGGAGUGGAGGAAAAAUAAAGCCCUCGUUGAUAUUGCAGAGUUUGAUAGAUUGGAUGCAGUGGGAGGCUUUGAGGAGUCUCAACGGUCUAGGAGAAUAGCUUGUCAGGCUGAAUGUGCUGAGAUUGCGGUGAUGGAGCAGAUCUCAUGGCGGCAGAAAUCUCGGGCUUUGUGGCUUAAAGAAGGUGACCAGGUUUUAUACCGAGCCUCUUCAUUGAAGGCCAAGACUUAUGGUCUUCAUUUUGACUCUAUUUCAGUGGAGGAUAGGGAUAGGUUGGAGAGGGCUUUUACGGAGGAAGAGGUCCUGACGGCUUUGAAGAGUUGUAAUGGUGAUAAAGCUCCAAGCCUGGAUGGUUUCACUAUGAGUUUCCUCUUGGAAAGCUGGGAGGUGGUCAGACAGGAGAUUAUGGGUACUUUUCAUGAGUUUCAUUCCACUGGGAAGUUCGAAAAGUCGCCGAAUGCUUCUUUUAUUGCUUUGAUUCCUAAGAAGGGGGGAGCUUCUGAUAUUAAGGACUUUCGGCCUAUCAGUUUGAUUAGGUGUUUGUAUAAGCUCAUCGCCAAAGUCUUAGCCUCAAGAUUGAGGGGGGUUUUGGAUGGAGUCAUUUCAGAGUCUCUAAAUGCGUUUAUUAGGGGCAGACAGAUUCUGGAUUCCGCUCUUAUUGCCAGUGAAUGUGUGGAUUUUAGGCUUCGUAGCGGCUUUCCCGGAGUUUUGUAUAAGCUGGACAUCGAGAAAGCCUAUAAUCAUGUUUGCUGGAAUUUCUUGUUUUAUUUGCUUGAGAGGAUGGGUUUCAGUGAGAGAUGGAGGAAAUGGAUUGUUACUUGCAUUUCGUCUGUCAGAUUCUCGAUACUGGUUCAUGGAUCCCCUUCGAGGCUGAUGAGGAGGGCUUUUACCUUAGGGCUUUUUCGGGGCUUCAAGAUUGGUCCUGAGGUUGUUUCUGGUUUGAGAAUUAACAUGGGCAAGAAUGUGCUUGUCCCUAUGGGGGAGGUUCAGGAGGUGGAUUCCCUGGCAGCUGUUCUUGGAUGUAGGACCGGUUCCUUCCCUAUUUCUUAUCUGGGUUUGCUCUUGGGGGUCUCCUCAAGAAGGGUGGGUUGUUGGGACCCAGUUAUUGAGCGCUUCGAGAGAAGGUUGGCUGGAUGGAAAAAACAAUGUCUUUUGAAUGGAGGAAAAGUUACGCUGGUGAAGAGUGUCCUGUCCAGCCUCCCAACAUAUUUCCUUUCUCUGUUCUAG